GCGUUUUACGUCGUGCCGUAAAACGGGUUAGACUGACGUAAAAACCUGUUGUCGCAGCGUAGCAUUUUUGCGGCUAGCUUGAUUGUUUUUGCGAUGGCCUCAGCUCCCGCACAGCAGCCCACCCUGACUGUGGAGCAGACCAGAGUUGUGCUCAGUGAGGUGAUCCAGGCCUUCUCGGUGCCAGAGAAUGCCUCACGGAUGGAGGAGGCUCGGGAGAGUGCCUGCAAUGACAUGGGCAAGAUGCUGCAGCUGGUGCUCCCCGUGGCCACCCAGAUUCAACAAGAGGUCAUCAAAGCAUACGGCUUCAACAACGAAGGAGAAGGUGUCCUGAAAUUCGCCAGACUGGUGAAGAUGUACGAAACUCAAGAUCCUGAGAUUGCAGCCAUGUCGGCGAAACUGAAGUCUCUCCUCUUGCCACCGCUGUCCACACCUCCUAUAGGAGGCACUAUUCCAGCAUCAUAGAAACAAUUCAGACAUGUCGGCCAACUCAGUGGUGCAUAAGGUUACUUUUGUUCAAUGAUUUGGAUGGAAACAAUCUUAUGACUGUGGUUGUCUCCCAGAGUGUAUUUAUAUAUAUACCGCCAGUUCCAUCAAAGACAUUUUACAGUCUCCACAUUCCAUUUUCAUCAAGCAUAUCUCCCCAUCCACUCCCGCUGCCCCCUAAAAACAUUUCAGUAUUUGUUACAGCUUGUCUUCUCUCUUUAAUGUAUUUACUUUGAUGUCAUCUUGAUGUUGUCAUUAAUCUGUUGAAUAUUAAAACUUUUCAGUUGUACUCU